UGGAAAAAGGCAAGUGCAGAUGCAUUGAUUAAUGAUGGUCUGAGCCUGGAGGAUUUUCCAGCCGGGAGCUGAGCAGUAAGAGGCGGUGGCACUGUGUCUCCUGUAACUCUAGAUCCUGGCUCAGCUGCAGUUCACCUCCGCAUUGCCCCAACUGCAACAUCCUCUCAAGUCUGCACCAUAGAAACUUGUAUCUGCUCCUCCAGUUUGUUCAGCCCCACAAGCUGAAAUGAAGUUAUACUUGUUGCUCCUCUUCCUGUGGGGUCUCACCGCACAAGCUUUAACAUCGGACACUGACGGAGGUUCAAAGAAUUACAAGAGCUUGAAAGUAAAGAUUGAAAAUUCUACCACCAAAGCUGUCCUGUCUGGCACACUCACCAUCCCAUGCCAUAUCACCUACCACUCAGAACCAGAAGACGUUGGCAUUGGGCGCCGAGCUGUCUUGACCACACCUCGAGUAAAGUGGACCUUUAUCUCCAAUGGUAAAGAAGAGGAGAUCCUAGUGGCCAGGGGCCACAAAGUGAAGAUCAGUGAGGGGUACAAAUCUCGAGCCUCUCUUCCUGAAUACUCAGCUUCAGCAUAUGAUGUCACAUUAGUCCUACGGGAGCUGAUACGCAAUGACUCAGGGAUUUACCGAUGUCAUGUACAACAUGGAAUCGAGGAUGACUACGCCAUGGUGGAGGUCAAGAUCAAAGGUGUGGUGUUCCUCUAUCGAGAAGGAACCAAUCGGUACACUUACACUUUCACCAUGGCCCAGGAAGCAUGUGCAAGAAUCAAGGCCCACAUAGCCACCGCUGACCAGCUCUUGGCUGCUUACCAUGGAGGUUUUGAACAGUGUGAUGCUGGUUGGAUCGCAGAUCAAACCGUCAGAUACCCCAUACACACUCCACGAGAGGGCUGCUAUGGAGACAUGGAUGGGUUUCCCGGGGUUCGGAACUAUGGAGUACUGGAUCCUGAUGACAUGUAUGAUGUUUACUGCUAUGCAGAAGACCUUAAAGGUCAAGUAUUUCUUAGUUCAUCACCAAACAAAUUUACCCUGGUGGAAGCUAAAGAACAUUGUAAGACCCUGGGUACUGAGAUAGCAACAACAGGUCAACUCUAUUCUGCGUGGAGUGAAGGACUGGACCAGUGCAACCCAGGCUGGUUGGCUGAUGGAAGUGUCCGAUACCCUAUUGUGACACCGAGAGAAAGGUGUGGUGGUAACGCCCCUGGAGUGAAAACUAUCUUUCUGUUCCGAAACCAGACCGGUUUUCCCAACUCCCAAGAAAAAUAUGAUGUGUACUGUUUCAGAGGCAAAGACACCUUGCUAACACACGAUCCUCCAGUCCCUAGAGACCGAGAUGUUAUUACAGUAACAGAAAGUUUUGAAGAACUAAAGUUUCCUGAUGUAAAAGCUGAAAAUGAAGCUCAAGGGUUAGUGCACUCCAUACCACUAGAUGAGACUCAUCUGACAAAAACAAGUCAAGAAGAUAAGAACACAACUGUUCUCAAAGACGAACAAGAGUCUCCACCAUCUCCACCACACCCAACAUCUCAAACUCACGAAAGCAUUGUCAGUGAUGAAGAAGACCUAUCUCCUGCAUUUGCAAGUUUUCCACCUUAUGAAGACCAUUCUGAUGACAAUGAAGAAUCUACAAUAGGUUACACCAUUAAUAUGCCCAUUUUACAAAGUUCUCAAGAGACCAAGGUUGGGUUGGUCCCAGAGGAUACUUCUUCUGAGUCAACCAGAAGAACAGUGGAAGGACCUGUUCUACCGACUGCAGGUGACUCCAUCUUAAGUGUAAUAAUUGUGAGCACACAUGCAGAGAAUUUCUAUGACAACUUUACUGGCUCGGCACAGGAACCUGGAGUUGCUGUGUCAGAAUCAGCAAACUACUAUCACACUGAUGAAAACCCAGAUCCUACACAGUUUCCCAAAAGAGAAAAUGAAACGGAUGCAAACAUUGAGAAAGAAACAGAUCAAGGAGAUGAGUAUAACAUAACUAAGGCAGAUGAUAGUUCUGUCAUGUCAACCAUAUUCCCCUCUACCCUAAAGGUUGAAGUAAGUCAUACAGAUACUGAAAAGAAGUUAGCUGAAUUGUAUGAUAAUCAAGCUAUUGACACAACAUCACAAACCACUGCCAUAUACAUGUUCCCCACUGUACAUCCAUCCACUGACCAUUUUGAAGGAUCUGGACAAGAAGAUCAAUCAGCGUUUUCAGGAGGACUCAUACAUUCACAGACAACCCAAGGUUCAGUGGUGGAACUAGCUUCUGGUUACUAUUUUAGUGCUACUCAAGAUCCCAUAAAAGAUGUCCAUGACUUAGACUCAAAUCUGGAUCCCAAAACACCCAUACCACCUUCUUCACAGCCAAAACUUGACAACAGUUCUAAAUUAUCUUGGGAAGACGGAAGUGGAGAUGUUACAGAGUCCACAUGGAUUACAUUGAAUAGUGGUUCCUCUGUCAACACAAAUAUUACUCAAAAACAUAAAACCAAUGUAACUGUAGAGAAAGACGGCCAACACAACACAACCCAUACACCUAUGCUUCUCACACAAGGUUUAUACGGCUCAAAAGAAACUUCAUCUGCGCCAGUUUCUCACCUUUUAAGUCCCAAUAUGUCUCGUGUCCAGUCAAUCAUUACGGAUAUAAGAGAGCAGACAACGAUAAUAGGCACAGUGGAGAAUACCAAAGAUUUAGAGUCCAAAACAGAUGUAUCUCCCACCUUUACAACUUUCACUUCAUCACCCAACAAUCCCAGGAACUCUUCACAUCAUAAUUUAGAGAAGACCAUUCCACCUACUGCGUCCCUGAGCCCGUCAGAUCCUCUGCCUGCAGUCCCAACCGAGAAAGCUAUUGUGGGAUCCUCCAUUAAUUUUUCAGAUAUCUGCUACCCCAACCCAUGUGAAAAUGGAGGAACCUGCAUUGAUGAAGACGAUGGUGAAUUUCGCUGUUUGUGUUUGCCAGGCUAUUUUGGAAAAGUCUGUCAUAUAAAUGUAGAUAAAUGUCUUGAGGAUUGGGACACGUUCCAAGGAUUCUGCUACAAGCAUUUCUAUGAUCGUAAAAGGUGGGAAGAAGCUGAAACCCACUGCCGAGAAUAUGGCGGUCAUCUCGUAAGCAUUGUGACCCCUGAAGAACAAGACUUUGUGAACAAUCAGUAUAAGGACUUCCAAUGGACAGGCCUCAAUGAUCGGACGAUAGAAGGCGACUUUCAGUGGUCAGAUGGGAACCCACUGCUUUUUGAAAAUUGGAACCAAGGACAACCUGACAGCUACUUUCUCUCCGGUGAAGACUGUGUGGUCAUGGGUUGGCAUGAUGGAGGUCUCUGGAGUGAUGUUCCAUGCAACUACCAUCUUCCAUACACCUGUAAAAUGGGCCUGGUGUCUUGUGGUCCUCCACCCGAAGUUGUUAAUGCUUCUAUAUACGGCCGUCCCAAAAAGAAAUACCCUAUAAGUUCUGUGGUAGGAUAUCGUUGCGAUGAUGGCUUUGUGAAACGGAAUUUACCCAUCAUCAAGUGCCAGUCAGAUGGAGUAUGGGAAGAACCACAGAUAAAUUGCUUGCCCGCACUUCAAUGAUGUGACCACAUCUCAAGAUCCUAACCAGUCUGCAUCUUGAAAAUAAAGUCAUACCAUGGUGGCCAAAUGUCACAGGCUCAAUGGCUCCUAAACGAGGCAACAUUUGGCCAACAUACCACUAAAGCAGAGUCACAGGGAGGUGCUAUAUACAAUUAGACUGUGGCCUGCCCCAUCCAGUGCUGGUUGACCCCUACCACAAGUAUUUUCCACCCCUUUGUUGCCUAUUUUCCACAGCAACCAGGCUAAGUAAAUAUUCUUACUCUGUCUAUCCUAAAGAAAGUAAUUCUUCAAAUAUAUAGCACUCAGGUAGCUCCACUUUUUAAAUUAUGUCCUAGUUUGAACAACAGGUUGAGAAAAUUAUUUUCACUUUUGAUCCAUUUUAUACUAUAGUCACAUCCAGUGAAACUCAGAUAUUCUGCUGGGUAUCCGUAGAGACAUAAGACAGGUCCUGUGACCUAACAAUUUAGCUAAAAGUGCCUCAUUAUCAUCUGAGCUCCCACAAUCCACUGUGUUCAAAAUUUAGAACUUAGUUUUGGAUGUUAAUAGAGAAGAAAACGUUGCCAUUAAACUGUGGACUCCUGUUCUAAAAUGGUAGACAAAGGGGAAGAUUCCCUCUCCAAUGUAUAAAAACUGUAUAAAUGGACAAUUUAUAUAUACACGUGACCAUUUAGGUUCAUACCGUCAUAUAAGCUCAGAUCACGGUGGCCAAACAGACACAGCGACAAUGACCUGAUCCAAGCUCCACACCAUCACAGAGUCUGUUCUCGCCCUUUAAUCAGAUCAGAUCUGGAUCCAGAAUGAUAGAUACAUCCCAUAGGCAACUGUACGUAAUAACACACUGCAGAUUUGGAUGUUUAGUGGGGGGAAAGUCUGAUUAGUGUAAACUGGAAGCAAUUACUAAUUAUUGAAGAUGUCUGAUCUUUUUG